CUUCCCCAAGGUCAGUCACUUCCUUUGGUGAAGGCGACUUGUGGAUUGUUCAGUGCCAGCUGGAGGUGUACUUGGAAUUACACCAACACCGCGUCCAUCAUGCAUUCCACUUUAGUCCGCGUGCAGAACGUCUUUGGCUUCUUCACAUCCGUGGCCUUUGCCGUCGCAGCAGCCAUCGCCGUCAGUGUCCUGCUGAGUCCGCAGAACCCAUCGGCCAGUCUGGAGCUGAAGAAUGUCCGAGUAGUCAAAGGCCGACCACACUACUACAGCACCAAACGCGAAGAAUACGCUCACGUCACCUUCGACCUCGAAGCCGACCUCUCCUCCCUCUUCAACUGGAACACCAAACAAGUCUUCGCCUACAUCACCGCCUCCUACCCCUCCGACAACCCCCAAAACGUACCCGACUCCGAAGUCGUCGUCUGGGACGCCAUCAUCCCUUCCGACUACGCCCCGCUACACCAAAACACCUACAUCCACCCCACCACCACCAUCGGAAAGGACGGCAAGAAGAAGAAAAAGACUUUCUCCAAAAAAGAACGCGCUCUGGGUCUCGCAGGAAAGGCCUAUCCCGAGGGAACUUCACCCGGAAUUUUGCGCCUGCAAGACCAAAAACCCAAAUAUCAAAUCACGGAUGUCUCGGGCAAAAUGGCCGAGAGGCCCUUUGCGACUUUGACACUACAUUGGAAUGUGCAACCGUGGGUCGGACUGUUGACAUGGACGAAUUUCCAGACGUAUGGACGAUGGCAAGGGCUACAGGGAGGGAUUUCGGAGGUGUUUAGUUUUCCUGCUGUCAAGGAGGCGGUCAAGAAGGAGGAGUUGAAGACGGAAACGGGUGGGGAGAGUAAUCGGGGGAAACCUGCGUAGUGGUACCUACCUACACAGGGACGAAGAGAGAGAAAAAAAAAGAUAAAGGUAGGUAUAUAUUGGUUGGUUGCGGAAUGGAUAGGUUACCUUACCUUGUCCUCUGUUUCUCUUCAUGUGAAUGAACAACAGCC